AUGAGACGUUCUGGCAGUGCCGGAAUGGUUCGACUUGCACUGCGAUGUGAGGAAGCAGGAGCCGUGUGUGUGGAGAUGGAUGCUCCGAAGGCUUUAGCGUGCGGACUCUGGGAGAUGACAGCAGGGACAUCACUGAGACUGCUGCUGCUUUUCUGCUGUGUGGGACUGUUGGUGGCAGCCGGCGAUCAGCCCUGUGGUGGAUUAGUUCAAGGACCAAAUGGCACAAUAGAAAGUCCUGGAUUUCCUUAUGGUUACCCGAAUUAUGCGAACUGUACUUGGAUUAUCAUUACAGGAGAAAGGAACAGGAUACAGCUAGUAUUCCAGAUCUUUGCUUUAGAAGAAGAUUUUGAUAUUCUAUCCAUUUACGAUGGGCAACCACAACAGAGCAACUUGAAACUGAGGGUGACUGGCUUCCAACUUCCAUCACCAAUUGUUAGCACAGGCUCAAUCCUUACACUCUGGUUCACCACAGAUUUUGCUGUCAGUGCACAAGGAUUCAAGGCUGUUUAUGAAGUUUUGCCAAGUCACACAUGUGGCAAUCCGGGUGUCAUACAGAAAGGAGUGCUGCACGGUACCAGAUUUAACAUUGGGGAUAAAAUUCGCUACACCUGUGUCACAGGUUAUAUCCUGGAAGGUCACGCAAUACUGACCUGCAUUGUUAGCCCAGGAAAUGGAGCAUCAUGGGACUUCCCACCACCUUUUUGCAGAGCUGAAGGUGCAUGUGGCGGGACAUUGCGUGGUACUAGCGGAAUGAUUUCCAGUCCAUACUUUCCAUCAGAAUACAAUAAUAAUGCUGACUGCACGUGGACUAUCCUGGCUGAGCCUGGAGAUACCAUUGCACUCAUCUUCUCUGAUUUCCAACUUGAAGAUGGAUAUGACAUGCUCGAGAUUAGCGGGACUGAUGCACCAACAAUAUGGCUGACUGGUUUGAAUUUGCCUUCGCCUGUCAUCAGUAGCAAGAAUUGGCUGCGGCUUCACUUCACAUCAGACAGCAACCAUCGACGCAGAGGGUUUAAUGCACAGUACCAAGUGAAAAAGGCCAUUGAGCUGAAGUCCAGAGGAGUCAAAAUGCUUCCCAGUAAGGACAGUGAUCACAAGAAUUCUGUCUUAAGUCAAGGUGGAGUUGCUCUGGUGCCAGCUGACAUGUGUCCUGAUCCAGGAGUACCAGAAAAUGGCAAAAGAACAGGGUCUGAUUAUAGGUUGGGAGCCAGUUUACAGUUUUCAUGUGAUGACAGCUAUGUGCUUCAGGGGUCCAAAAGCAUUACUUGUCAGAAAGUGACAGACACAUUGGUUGCUUGGAGUGAUCACAGGCCAGUCUGCCGGGCGAGAACAUGUGGCUCCAAUCUACGAGGGCCGAGUGGUACUAUCACAUCCCCCAAUUAUCCAGUCCAAUAUGAAAACAACGCGCAUUGCGUCUGGGUUAUCACAGCAAAUAAUUUGAACAACAUCAUUAAGUUAAAAUUUGAAGAAUUUGACCUGGAACGAGGUUAUGACACCUUGACUGUAGGAGAUGGAGGGAAAGUGGGAGAUACCAGGACAGUGUUAUAUGCACUUACCGGUUCAAGUGUCCCUGACUUAAUUGUGAGCAUGAGCAAUCAGAUGUGGUUGCACUUACAGUCUGAUGAAACCAUUGGAUCACUGGGAUUUAAGGCUUUGUAUGAAGAAAUCGAAAAGGGAAGCUGUGGUGACCCCGGUGUUCCUGCUUAUGGUAAAAGAAGUGGAGACAGUUUUUUACACGGCGACACGUUGACAUUUGAAUGCCAAUCAGCCUUUGAAUUAGUUGGAGAGCGGACCAUUUCAUGCCAACAAAAUAAUCAGUGGUCCGGUAACAAACCGAGCUGCGUCUUCUCCUGCUUCUUCAAUUUUACCACACCAUCCGGCAUUGUGCUAUCGCCAAACUAUCCUGAGGAGUAUGGCAACAACAUGAACUGUGUGUGGCUGAUCAUCGCAGAACCAGCGAGCAGGAUUCACCUAAUCUUUAAUGAUUUUGACAUCGAGCCUCAGUUUGAUUACCUCACCAUAAAGGAUGAUGGGAGCGCUGACUCUACAGUUCUCGGAACUUUCUCUGGUGAUGAUGUGCCUUCCCAGCUGGCCAGCAAUGGGCAUAUCACCCGCCUGGAAUUCCAGUCUGAUCAUUCCACCACUGGACGUGGCUUUAACAUCACAUACACAACUUUUGGCCAAAAUGAAUGUCAUGACCCUGGCAUUCCGGUCAAUGGAAGAAGGUUUGGUGAUAUAUUCCUGCUGGGAAGUUCUGUCUCUUUUCAUUGUGAUGAAGGCUUUAUUAAAACCCAAGGAUCUGAGACCAUAACCUGUGUUAUACAAGAGGGAAAUGUCAUCUGGAAUUCUGCUGUUCCGCGAUGUGAAGCACCUUGUGGUGGCCAUUUGACAGCACCGAGUGGGAUAAUUUUAUCUCCAGGAUGGCCAGGAUAUUACAAGGACUCUCUAAACUGUGAAUGGGUGAUCGAAGCAGAACCACGGCAUUCUAUCAAAAUAACAUUUGACAGGUUUCAAACUGAAGUUAAUUAUGACACGCUCGAAAUUCGAGAUGGGUCCAUUAAUUCAUCACCUUUAAUAGGAGAAUACCAUGGGACACAAGCACCCCAGUUUCUGAUCAGCACUGGCAAUUAUAUGUACCUUUUACUAACUACUGACAACAGCCGUUCAAGUGUUGGUUUUCAGAUUCACUAUGAAAGUGUCACCUUGGAACUAGAUUCAUGCUUAGACCCGGGAAUUCCUGUAAAUGGGCGACGGCAUGGAAACAACUUCUCAAUUGGAUCGACUGUGACCUUCAGUUGUUGCCCUGGUUACACAUUAAGUGAUGAUGACCCUCUAAUAUGCGAUGAUAAUCGUCAAUGGAACCAUGCUUUACCGAGCUGUGAAGCUUUCUGCGGUGGCUAUGUUCGUGGUACAAGUGGAACUAUUCUGUCUCCUGGAUUUCCAGAUUUUUAUCCUAAUUCCUUGAACUGCACUUGGAUAAUUGAAGUUUCACAUGGAAAAGGUGUGCAGUUGGUAUUUCACACAUUCCACCUUGAGAGUUCUCAUGACUACUUAAUUAUCACAGAGGAUGGGAGCUUCACCAAUCCUGUAGCAAGGCUCACAGGCUCUGCCCUGCCUCCAACUAUUAAUGCAGGUCUAUUUGGAAAUUACACAGCACAACUACGUUUCGUCUCAGACUUUUCAGUUUCUUAUGAGGGAUUCAACAUCACGUUCUCAGAAUAUGAAUUGGAGCCUUGCGAUGAUCCUGGCGUUCCUGCUUUCAGCAGAAGAAUUGGGUUUCAGUUUGGAGUAGGGGACUCAUUGACCUUUUCCUGCUUUCCUGGAUACAGACUUGAAGGUGCUACUCAGAUCACCUGUUCUGGAGGAGGACGGCGUGUAUGGAGUGCACCUCUUCCAAGGUGUGUGGCUGAAUGUGGAGCCUCUGUAUCAGCGACAGAAGGUACUCUCCUGUCACCAAACUACCCAGCCAACUAUGACAACAAUCAUGAAUGCAUCUAUAGAAUAGAGACGCAGUCAGGGAAAGGAAUCCGCCUUCGAGCCAAGAUGUUUGAACUUCAACAAGGCGAUGUUGUCAAGGUGUAUGAUGGAAAAGACAACACAUAUCGGUCCCUUGGAGUGUUUACUGAAUCUGAAUUGCUGGGAGUUGUGUUAAAUAGCACAUCAAACCAUAUAUGGUUGGAGUUUAAUACAAAUGGAACAGGGACUGGCCAUGGAUUUGAGUUAACAUAUGCAAGCUUUGAUUUGGUGAAGUGCGAGGAUCCAGGAACUCCUAAUUACGGCUACAAGCUGCGAGAUGGAGGGCACUUUGCCGACACUGUGAUCUUAUACAGCUGCAACCCAGGAUAUACACUGCAUGGAAGCAAUACACUGACGUGCCUGAGUGGAGAUCGGAGAGUAUGGGACAACCCUUUGCCAUCAUGUAUAGCGGAGUGUGGAGGCCACUUCAAAAGUGCUACUGCUGGGAGGAUUCUGUCCCCUGGCUACCCAGCACCAUAUGAUCACAACAUCCACUGUACUUGGAUUAUAGAAGCUGAUCCAGGAAAAACUGUCAGCCUUCAUUUUAUUGUCUUUGACACUGAGGCAUCACAUGACAUUCUGAAAGUGUGGGAUGGACCAGUAGAAAGUGAUAUGCUGCUGAAGGAGUGGAGUGGUUCCUCACUGCCUGAUGAUGUCUACAGCACAUUUAACUCCAUAACACUUCAGUUUGACACUGACUUCUUCAUCAGCAAGUCAGGCUUCUCCAUACAGUUCUCAACUUCAACAGCCACUACCUGCAAUGAUGCUGGAGUUCCACAGAAUGGAACCAGGAGUGGAGACAGCAGAGAGCCUGGAGAUACUGUGACUUUUCAGUGUGAUCCAGGUUAUCAGCUACAAGGAACUGCUAAAAUUAUGUGUGUGCAGGUGGACAAUAGAUUCUUCUGGCAACCUGAUCCUCCAACAUGUACAGCUGCCUGUGGUGGGAAUCUGACAGGCCCUGCAGGUGUCAUUUUAUCGCCUAACUACCCUCAACCUUAUCCUCAUGGGAAAGAAUGUGACUGGAGAAUUAAAGUCAAUCAAGACUAUGUCAUAGCACUGAUAUUUAAAAGUUUCCAUAUGGAGCCCAGCUAUGAUUUCCUUCAUAUCUAUGAAGGGGAAGAUUCCAACAGCCCUCUAAUUGGCAGCUUUCAAGGAUCACAGUCACCUGAGAGAAUAGAGAGUAGUGGUAAUAGCCUUUUUCUGGCCUUUCGAAGUGAUGCCUCUGUCAGCAUGGCAGGAUUUGCCAUUGAUUACAAAGAGAAACCUCGAGAAGCAUGUUUUGAUCCUGGAAACAUAAUGAAUGGAACGCGCAUUGGUUUAGAUUUUAAGCUUGGUUCGACUGUUACCUAUCAUUGUGAUCCUGGCUACCAGUUAGCAAAUGUUGCUACAAUCACAUGCAUCAUUGGGGAAGAUGGGAAACCGGUCUGGAAUAGGGCUCUUCCUUCAUGCCAUGCUCCUUGUGGUGGACAACACACUGGAUCUCAAGGAGUAGUUCUUUCUCCUAAUUAUCCUCACAAUUAUACAAGUGGCCAGACAUGUCUGUACUCCAUCACAGUGCCUGAGGAGUUUGUGGUUUUUGGACAGUUUGCACAUUUCCAGACGGCACUCAAUGAUGUCGUGGAACUAUUUGAUGGACAUAGCCAGCAAGCCAGGCUUCUUGGUUCACUUUCAGGAUCACACUCCGGAGAGACCCUGCCUCUGGCCACAUCAAACCAGAUUUUGCUCAGGUUCAGCGCUAAAAGUGGAGCGUCGUCCAGGGGUUUCCACUUUGUUUACCAAGCUGUUCCUCGUACUAGUGCCACCCAGUGCAGCUCUGUUCCUGAGCCCAGAUAUGGCCGAAGAAUAGGUUCAGAGUUUUCUGCGGGUUCUAUUGUUCGUUUUGAAUGCAAUGCUGGAUAUCACCUCCAAGGCUCAAAGGCUAUUCGAUGUCAGGCUGUGCCUAAUGGGUUGGCACAGUGGAAUGAUACAAUACCAAGCUGUGUAGUACCUUGUCACGGAAAUCUGACAGAACGUAGAGGCACCAUCCUCUCACCGGGUUACCCAGAGCCGUAUGGCAACAGCUUGAAUUGCGUAUGGAAAAUCACAGUAACCGAGGGAGCAGGCAUACAGAUUCAAGUGAUAACCUUUGCCACUGAGCAUAACUGGGAUUCCUUAGAAAUAUAUGAUGGUGGAGAUGCAACUGCGCCAAGACUUGGGAGCUUCUCAGGUACCACAGUCCCUGCAUUGUUGAACAGCACCUCCAAUCAGCUCUACCUGCAUUUUCAUUCUGACAUCAGUGUGGCAGCAGCUGGCUAUCACUUGGAGUAUAAAACUGUUGGUCUUACAACCUGUCCUGAUCCAGUGGUUCCUAGCAAUGGAAUAAAGAUUGGAGAUAGAUAUUUGGUUAAUGAUGUGGUGUCUUUUAGCUGUGAAUCUGGCUAUACGCUGCAGGGACAAGCUCAUGUUUCAUGUAUGCCUGGAACUGUCCGCCGUUGGAAUUACCCAUCUCCGAUCUGCAUUGCUAGAUGUGGAGGCGAAUUGACAAACAUGAACAAUGUCAUCCUAAGUCCUGGAUUUCCUGGAAAUUACCCAAGCAACUUGGAUUGCACGUGGAAAAUUUUAUUACCCAUUGGAUAUGGUGCAGUAAUUCAAUUUCUGAAUUUUUCGACUGAAGCCAAUCAUGACUUCUUGGAGAUUCGAAAUGGGCCGCAUUACACUAGUUCUUUAAUUGGACGAUUCAGUGGAGCAGAACUCCCACCAAUGCUCCUCAGUACCACCCAUGAUACCAUCAUCAACUUCUACAGUGAUCACUCUGAGAACAAGCAAGGCUUCAAGCUCACCUACCAAGCUUAUGAGCUUCAAAGUUGCCCUGAUCCACGACCAUUUCAGAAUGGAUUUAUCAUUAAUUCUGACUAUAGUGUGGGUCAGUCUAUAUCGUUUGAGUGUUACCCUGGUUACAUCCUGAUUGGGCAACAUGUUCUUACGUGCCAUCAUGGGAUCAACAGGAACUGGAACCAUCCAUUCCCAAAAUGUGAAGCUCCCUGUAACCUCAACAUAACAUCUCGAAAUGGUACGAUCUACUCCCCUGGCUUUCCAAAUGAAUAUCCAAACUCAAUGGAUUGCAGUUGGCUCAUUACAGUACCUCCAGGACAUGGGAUUUACAUCAAUUUCACACUGCUACAGACAGAACCAGUAAACGACUACAUUGCUGUAUGGGAUGGGCCUGACCAGACCGCUCUACAACUAGGCAUUUUCAGUGGCAACACAGCUCUGGAAUCAGCUUACAGCACCACAAAUCAGGUUCUUAUCAAGUUUCACAGUGACUUCUCCGGAGGAGGAUUCUUUGUUCUCAAUUUUCACGCUUACUGGCUUAAAAAGUGUCAGCAGCCCCCAGUUGUUCCUUUGGCUACAAUACUGACUGAGGAUGAAGACUAUGAAAUAGGUGAUAUUGUCAGAUACCAGUGUCCCCCUGGGUACACACUUGUUGGCAGUGAGCUCAUGACUUGCAGGCUAUCAACACGAUUGCAGUUUGAAGGGACACUUCCAUCUUGUGAAGCACAGUGUCCUGUAAAUGAAAUUCGCAGAGCCUCUUCAGGAGUCAUAUUAAGCCCAAGAUUUCCAGAAAAUUAUCCGAAUUUCCAAACGUGUUCCUGGACAAUUCGAGUGGAACACCGGUACAAUAUUACUAUUUUUGUGGAGAUGUUUCAAAGUGAAAAACAGUUCGAUGAGCUGAGUAUAUUCGAUGGGCCCACUGGUCAAAAUCGACUGCUGGUUGCUCUAAGUGGAAAUCACACUGGACAAAGAAAUUUUACAAGUACAGGACGACACCUGUAUCUACGCUGGUCAACAGAUCAUGCAACAAGCAAAAGUGGAUUCAAAAUCCGGUAUACAGCUCCCUACUGCAGCUUGAACAGUGUCCCUUUGAAUGGCGGAAUACUGAAUAAGACAGUCGGCGCUUUAAACAGUGUGUUGCAGUUUUACUGCAAAACGGGGUAUCGACUGGUGGGCCGGAAUAAUGCCACGUGUCGGCUGUCCCCAAAUGGCAUGUAUGAGUGGGAUGCUGCAGUCCCACGUUGUCAAGCGAUCAGUUGUGGUAUUCCUAAAACCCCUGGAAAUGGCUCGGUCUUUGGCAGAGAUUAUUGUGUAGGCAGCAAGGUCAACUAUCAGUGCAAUGAAGGUUUCAGACUGGAGUCUAGUCAACAAGCAGUAGCAUUCUGCAGAGAAGAUGGAAUAUGGAGUAAUAACUGGAAGACUCCACAAUGUAAACCUGUGUCAUGUCCUCCUAUUGAAACAGUUCUUUCAAAAGACGUUGUCAAGCGGCUCGUUCAUGGGUCAAUGAAUGAAUACGGAAACAAAGUCAUGUUAAGCUGUAAACCUGGUUAUUACUUGAGGGGAAACAAGGUCAUACAGUGUCACGCUAACAGCACAUGGAGUGGGUCCAAUGAGAAAGCAAGUUGCAAAAUUGUCUCAUGUGGAGAUCUUCCUUCCCCACCAAAUGGUAACAGGAUUGGAACACUGCAAACAUUUGGGGCGACUGCAAUCUUUACUUGUAACACUGGGUACACACUGGCUGGAUCUCACGUUCGAGAGUGCCAAGUAAAUGGACUAUGGAGUGGAAUGGAAACCAGAUGCUUGGCUGGUCACUGUGGCUCUCCAGAUCCAAUUGUAAAUGGCCACAUCAGUGGAGAUGGCUUUAGUUACCGUGACACUGUUGUCUAUCAGUGCAAUCCAGGUUUCCGUCUCGUUGGCUCCUCAGUGAGAAUUUGCCAACAGGACCAUAACUGGUCAGGACAACCAGCAGUCUGUGUUCCAAUCACAUGUGGUCACCCCGGCAACCCAGCUCAUGGCAAAACUAAUGGCAGUCAAUUCAAUCUGAAUGAUGUGGUUAACUUUACCUGUAAUCCGGGAUAUUCACUGCAUGGUGCGUUAAGAGCACAGUGCCGUUCUACAGGCCAAUGGAGCAGCCCAUUGCCAAGUUGUCGAGUGAUGAACUGUACAGACCCUGGCUUUGUGGAAAAUGCCAUUCGCCUAGGGGAAGACAAUUACCCGCAAAACUUCAAGUUUGGCAGCAGUGUGGUGUACCAGUGUAAAUGGAGUUUCUACCUCCUUGGCUCAGCUGUGCUUACCUGUCAAGUAAAUGGUCUGUGGGAUCGAUCUCUACCAAACUGUUUACCUAUUUCAUGUGGUCAUCCAGACAUUCCUGCAAAUGGUGAGCUUUUUGGAAACAAGUUUACCUUUGGUUCUGUAGUUCGCUAUUCUUGUGUUGGAGCUCGAACUCUGAUUGGAAAUCAUACUCGUGUUUGUCAAGAGGAUGGUCACUGGAGUGGUUCUCUCCCUCAUUGCUCAGGAGACACUUCUGGUUUAUGUGGUGAUCCUGGCAUCCCGGCUCACGGUUCUAGACUAGGCAAUGAAUUCAAGAUAAAAAGUCUUCUGCGUUUUAGCUGUGAAGCUGGUUAUACUCUCCGAGGUUCAUCAGAACGAUCCUGCAGACCAAAUGGGUCCUGGUCGGGUAUUCAGCCAGUUUGUGAAGCUGUAUCAUGUGGAAAUCCCGGCACUCCUGAAAAUGGGAAGAUAGUUUACAAUGAUGGUGUAGUAUUCUCCAGCUCCGUUUCUUAUGCCUGCUGGGAAGGCUACAAAACGUCUGGUCUAACUACCCGGCAUUGCACUGCGAAUGGAACGUGGACUGGAUCAACUCCUGACUGCACAGUGAUUGACUGUGGUGACCCAGGUACUCUCGCUAACGGUGUCCACCUGGGAAAUGACUUCACUUAUAAUAAGACAGUGACGUAUCAGUGUAACCCAGGUUUUCAGAUGGAGCCAGCUCUAUCUUCUACACUGCGCUGCAUGAAGAAUGGCUCUUGGAAUCAGACCAAACCAGUUUGUAAAGCUAUCACGUGUUCACAGCCGCCUCUAGUGCUUCAUGGAAGAGUGCAGGGAUCAGAUUUCAGAUGGGGCUCCAGCAUCAGCUAUACUUGUUUGGAAGGGUAUCAGCUUUCCUUGUCUGCUAUUCUGACCUGUGAAGGAAACGGUGUUUGGAGAGGAGAAGUCCCUCAGUGUUUGCCCGUUUUCUGUGGAGACCCAGGGACUCCAGUGGAGGGGCGAAUUGAAGGAAGAAGUUUCACGUUCAAAUCUGAAGUGUACUUCCGUUGCCGACCUCCAUUUCUAUUAGUUGGAUCAUCAAGAAGACUUUGCCAAGCGAAUGGAUUCUGGAGUGGCAUUCAGCCAUCUUGCAUUGAUCCAACACACACUAUAUGUCCGGACCCAGGCACCCCUCAUUUUGGAAUACAGAACAGUUCCCAAGGUUAUGAGGUUGGGAGCACUGUAUUUUUCAAGUGUCGAAAGGGCUACCAUAUUCAAGGCUCCACAACACGCUCCUGUCUUGCUAAUUUGACUUGGAGUGGUGUGCAUCCUGAAUGCGUUCCUCACAGCUGCCGACAGCCAGAAACACCCGCCUAUGUGGACGUGAGAGCCAUUGAAUUGCCGAUCAUGGGUUAUACCUUAAUUUACACCUGCCAGCCAGGAUUCUACCUCGCAGGAGGAUCGGAACACCGGGCAUGCAAGGGUGAUGGGAAAUGGUCAGGAAAGCCACCAGUCUGCCGAGCUGGGCCCAAAAUAAAUGGCAGAUCAAAAGGCACUGACUCAGGAACUCAUAAAACUAAAGCUCCAGUUCCUCCAGAUGUAUUUGCUCCAAAUUCUAUAUGGAAGGGCUUCUAUGAGUACCUUGGAAAGAAACAACCAGCAACAUUAACUGUUGAUUAUUUUAAUAUUUCCAAUGGUCGUGUAAAUGUUACAUUCAUCGAACACAGCAACAUGGCAUUAAAGCUGUCGGGUAUCUAUAAAAAGGAAGAGACCCGACUUUUUUUAAAGAUCUAUCAAAUGAAGGGACCUAUUGAGAUCUUUAUAAGCAAGUUCAGAAAUGAUAACUGGGCUUUGGAUGGUCAUGUUUCAGCUGAGCCUGAAGGCAAGACCUUUGUUUACCAGGGAUUUGUCCAAGGCAAAGACUUCCGACAGUUUGGCUUUCAGAGACAAGGACCACUGGGAGGAGAACUGGAUAGAGAUAAAUCUAAUAACUACUAUAGCACAAACAGUAGUUCUGUAGCAGCUGCCAUUUUGGUACCUUUCUUUGUGCUCAUCUUAUCAGGAUUUGCCUUUUACCUCUACAAACACAGAUCAAGACCCAAAGUACAAUACAAUGGCUAUGUUGGUCAUGAGAACACAAAUGGACAGGCUUCAUUUGAAAAUCCCAUGUAUGAUACUAACUUAAAGCCCACUGAGGCAAAGGCUGUGCGGUUUGACACAACACUGAACACUGUGUGUACAGUAGUAUAGCCCUUACUUUGACUCCUGACUAACUGAUAUUAGCCAUACCUCUACCUGGCAAGCAGUAACUCCUU